CGGCCCCAACACCACAUUGCAAUUCGAAUUGCAGGACGCCGGCCCACACAUGAAGGUCCAGUUUGCGUUGGCGUGCCUGCUUGCCCUUGCCCUUGAAUGCACCAGCUCGAAGCUCGAGCAGCACUCCUUCAGCGGUCCCUUCAAGACCCUUGAUCGCGCUGGCAAGCGCAUUGUCAACUCGACGUGGUCCCAUGGCGGGUCCACGGAAGUGUUAAAGAACUUUAUCCGCUUGACCCCGGACCGUCAGAGCAAGCAUGGCAACGUGUGGAACACCGCUCCGUUGGGGCGAAACACAUUUUCCGCCGUGCUUCAAUUCCGAAUUUCCGGCCAAGGCAAGAAGUGGUUUGGGGAUGGCAUCGGGCUGUGGCUGACCCACACACCGACGCACGAAGACGGCGACAACCACGGGUUCAAGGACCAAUACGUGGGCGUGGGAAUCGUGAUUGACACAUUCGUGAACUCUGAACACAAGGGAGGGCACAAGGACGUGACCAUUCAGAUCAACGACGGCACCAAGACCACCGACACGUUGCAAGACGAGACCAAGAUUGGCUGCGACGCCGCGCUGCGUUUCCACGAAGAAAGCGCGCACUUCGACCCGGUGUUCAGCUCGUCCCGGUUGCGCAUCGUGGUGGACGGCGUCAAGCUCAAGCUGGAGGUGGAUGCCAAGUCCACGUCCGAGUGGAAGCCGUGCUACGAAGGGGACUUGCCGCUGCCAUCCGACUGGCUGCAGGACGUGACGGUGGGAAUCACAGGGUCCACGGGCGGACUGGCAGACAACCACGACGUGCUGGGCUUCCUCAGCUUUUCCGAAGCCGACGAUGUCCAGAUGCAUCUGACCGACUCGGACGUGUACUGGAACUACUACUCGAAGGAGCACAACGAGAUCCUCAAGAGCGACCACUGCGACAACACGUGCAAGCUGAUCAUCCUGGAAAAGUCGCUCGGCAACUCCCGCGUGAACAUUGAGCACCAGAUCGUCGCACUCAAGGAGCGCACGGCGCGCAACAUCCAGAAGAUCAAGGAGAGGGAGAUCGAGAUUCACGAUAAGCUGCUGCACCUCAGCGGCCGCGUGGAGUCGUACAUGAAAAAGACCGUCAACGCCAAGAUCGACUCGGUCGCGGUGGACUUGGAGAACCAGGUGCACGGACAAGUGACGGGCAAGGCCGACGCCGCAGGCGGGUGGAAGUUGCCGUUCGUACUCGUGUCGUCGGGGGUGCUCGCCGGCUCGUUCUACUUGUACAAAAAGUACACCGAAUUGCGCAAAUCCCACUUGUUUUAAUGGAAAUCCAUCGUUUACGUUGACCAGAGUUACAUAGUUGCUUCGAUUCCAGCACCAACUAAAUUGGUCAAGUCAACAUUUACAGUAUUGUCCAUUUACCCCCCAAUAUUUG